AUGGAAGGGAUCCUUUUGCCAGUUCUGUUGACAGCAACACUGACAGUGCUCUUGGUUGGUGUGGAGAGCCAGCAGAGGGUGUGUUACUCCGGUCCCCCACCGGAACCUGAUCCUGAUAAUCCGGAUGACUGGAUGAAGCAAGUCAUGCAAGAGAUACGGAAGCGUUGCCCGGGAAGGAGGCAACCUACCCCAGCUGCAACAUGCCCUAGUCCAGGGCCACUGGGCAUGGAGGACGGGACAAUCCCUAAUGAUCACAUCACGGCUUCAAGUUAUCAGAAGGAUUACUUUGGCUUCAAAGCUCGUCUCAACAACUUCAAACAAUGGGCGACCUACGUGGAUAAGUCCACCAAUUCCUGGAUCGAGGUGGACCUCGUCCAGAGCACAGUGGUGACAGGAGUCAUCACACAAGGCGGGUCCGGUUGGUACGUGAAGAAGUUCAAGGUGGCUUAUAAGCAGCAGCCCUCAUCUGAACGUGAACACGUGAUGGAUGGAGACGGAAACAUCAAGGUGUUCAUCGGUAACAUGGAUUACGCCACCCCUGUCACUAACCUGUUUGAUGAGAGUGUGGUGGCCACGUUAGUGCGCAUUGAGCCUACUGAGUGGCAAACUGGUGUUGCUCUGCGAUUGGAGCUGCUUGGAUGUCGCCGUGAAUAA